AUGAGCAGCAAUGGCAGAUCAUGGAAUGAGGAACUGGAAGUCAUCAAGGGAUGUGCUGCCACUAUUCUCUAUAGAAAGCGAAGGAGCGCCAGGCUGCUUCCAACUACAGCUCAGCUUGAAGACCUAAUGAGAGAGAAUCGUAGGUUCACUUCAUACUUUAGCAUUACAAAGAUAUGUCGUUUGAAAGAGAUGGUAAAGCAACUAUUGCCGUCUUCUGAUACUGUUGGCGAGCAUUUAUCCUGUACUGACUUCCACUCUGAUUUUGGACAAUUUAUUUACAACCCGCUUCGAAGUCGAACUCCACGUUAUCGCCUGAAUCGUGAUAUUUCAUGUGGGCAGGAAGUGUUUCCUGUACGGGUUUAUUCGGACACUGGUAAUUGUAUUCCUCCAGAAGAAUUCACUUAUAUUUCAUCCUGUGAUUUUUCAAUGUUCAAAGAAAAUGAUAUAUCAGAACGGACGCGAGAUUUGCUGACGGUUAAAUGUGACUGUGAUGACUUGAUAUGUGGCGAGCUAUGUUCUUGCAGAAAAAUGAACGAUAUGCUUACAUACUGUACUAUAAUGGGAGACGGAAGAGUUUUCGUCAAUUCUAAUGCAACUUUUUUCAACACCUUGAUUGUAGGAUGUGGGAGCAAGUGCUCUUGUAAAGGCCAGUGUAAGAACUCCCUUCGGGCCACUUCUCUUCCCGCUCCCUUCAGAUUCGAAGUUUUCCGAAGAAGUGAUAAUCUCGGCUUCGGGUUGCGGACACUAAGCAAUAUUCCUCAAGGCUGCGCUGUCGUUGAAUUCUGCGGAGAAGUUGUUAAGAGUCAAGUAUUGAGUAGUAGAGGGCAAGAAUCUUUGGACUAUUCCUUUUGCCUAAACUCAUGGGAGGAGUCAGAAAUCUACGAAAGGCUUGCCUCAGCAAAGAAUAUUAAGAGCGAGGCGUUCAAAGUGUUGAAUGAAGUCGCUUAUAUCGAUCCAACGAGGAAGGGUAAUAUUGCGCGCUUCAUCUCUCAUGGAUGUUUUCCAAACCUCAUCAUGUUGAGAUACGCUGAGAACGAUCUGCGUCUCCAUCAUUCUCGAGCGAUCCUUUUUGCAACGCAACCUAUUCUAGGAGGUACAGAGCUGUUCUUUGACUAUGGAAUCAACUACUUGAACAGAGCUGGAUUUAAGUGUGAAUGUGGAACAAUGUGGUGUGACAGUGUGACAGCGCGUUGGCGCUCCUCCUCUCUCACUCAGGAAGAGUGGCGCAAUAUUAUAACGCAAAAGUCCUUGGAGUAUUUUUCUUAUGUGAAGCAGCGCAUGGAACUCUACGACUCAAAGGCAAAGCAAUUUCUUCGAAAUGAAGGCAUUGUUCGUCCUGAGUACGAUGAUCUAGACGAGCCGUUCCUUGGAGCUCAGUCGAGUCUCUCAAGGAUCGAUCCGGCAUGUGUUCAUAAGCGUGUUGGUGAAAAUGAACCUGUUAUUUGUUAUAAUCUUUAUUGCCGCAGCCUUUCCAAAUGUACCUGCAAACCACUCGUCAGGGUUAUUCCUACAAUUACACUUGACUAG